AUGAGUCAGCCAAAGCUGCUCAAUGCAUCGUUUAACCAGGAUCAAUCAUGCUUUGCGGUUUGCAACGAAAAUGGAUUUCAAGUGUACAGCACAGAACCAAUGGAGCUUCGAAUGCGUCGAAAGUUUCAGUCCAAAAGUGGAAAUAAUGGUAUUGGAAUAGUAUCAAUGCUAUACCGAACAAACUAUGUGGCAUUAGUCGGGGGAGGAAAACGACCUCGUUUCCCUGUUAACAAGCUUUGUAUAUGGGAUGAUCUUAAGAUGAAGCCAUCUAUAUUUUUGGAGUUUAUGAACCCAAUUCUCAAUGUACUCCUCUCACGUGUCCGUAUUGUUGUUAUCACAAAGAAUCAAGUGGCAGUUUAUGCCUUUAGAAGUCAGCCUAAUUUAAUAAGCAUGUUUGAAACAUACACAAAUGACUCUGGUGCCUGCGAUCUUUCUAUAAAUGAAUCCGGCAGUAUUUUGGCAUUUCCAGGAAGAUCUGAGGGUCAAAUUCAGCUAGCGGACAUAUCACCGGAAAAUCAAAACAAGAAUUUGGUGUCAAUUAUAAAAGCUCAUAAGGCAGGAAUCCGAAGCCUAUGCAUUUCGAACUCUGGGAAAUUGGUUGCCAGUGCAAGCGUUACGGGAACCAUCAUACGGAUUCACGAUACGUCGAAUUGUGCACUUCUAUACGAAUUUAGACGGGGAAUAGAUAAAGCACUUGUUACAUCCAUGAGAUUUUCACCCGAUGAUGCCAGACUAGCGGUUCUUAGUGACAAGAAUACAUUGCAUGUUUACAAUUUAAGGGAUGUGAAUACAGGUGUGGCUGAGAAACAAGGACCUACAUUUUCGGCUAACAAAUUUGUUACAGAUGGUAGAAAAAGGAUGGAUGGUGAAAGCAAUAAGAUGCAUUUUCUCAAGGGUAUCCCUCUUCUGCCAAAAUACUUUCGGUCGACUUGGUCUUUUGCUUCAAAGAAUGUCGGCAAUCGGGCAGAUGAAUAUAAAGAUACAGGUGUGAUUGGCUGGUCCGAUAGUGACACGAUAAUUUUACUUUGGAAAUUUAAGGGAACUUGGGAGAAGUAUACAAUUGUGGAUGAUUUUUCCAAGGUCGAUCCUUCUUCCGGCGAUCUUGAGGGGAAACAGAAAUGCACUAUAUUGAAAGUGGCCUGGAGAAAUAUAACCAACGUUUAG